AUGGCGUCACUAGGAGUCGUCGCAGCUCCACCGGGACGAGGAAGCGGCCGACCCAAAUCUGCCGGUAUCUUCCCGUCUUCAAACCGCAAACUGGUUGCAGCUCGAACGUCGGACAACUCGAAGCCCAAAUCUUCGCAACGUCCUCGGUCCAGUCGACACCCACGGCCUCCAUCGACUUCAGUCGUCACCAGUCCAAGGCCACGACCAUGCAACGUCUCGAUGCAGCUAUGGCGACAACCUGGACCUCAAGCGCCAACGCGUCAUAACUCGGUAGUGCAGCGUGUGGUACGUGACGAGAUCGACGAGCAGCGACAAGUGACGCUCGAGGCGCAGCGCCAACUUCAUGAGCUACACGCCACGAUCACUCGUCGCGAAGAAGAGCUUAGUCUUGCACAGCGACAUCUUCACGCCUUCUCCUCAAGUACUGAAAGCGCUUCUCCAUCGUCCAACGCGAAACCAGAAAUCGUCUCGAAUCUGAAACUCGAAAUCGCACACCAAGACGCGUACAAGAAGCGUCUGCGCUACCUGCACGAGCGUCUGGAGCAGCAAGUCCGAUACUUGGAGGCAAACGCGGAUCUGCUGGCCGAGAGGAAGAGAGCGGCUCAUCGAGAGCGAACGUUGUGUCGAAAUCGCAUCAAAGUUGAGUCCGACAAGAACCGACACACACAGCAGCAACUUUGUGCGCUACACGACAAGCGCGCGGGUUUCAAACGAAGCGCUCUUCCUAUUAUCGAGUCGUAUCGAGAUGAAUUGGCUUCCCGGUUAGUGAUCACUCAGAGACGAAACGAUGCGGAUCGUCGACGCGAUGAACUCUUGAGGUUUAUUGGCACUAGAGCGGACGGAUCGAAAGUCACGAGUAGGUCACUGACAAGCGCCUCGGCUGCGAUGACGAGGGGGCGAGUGGCAGGAAAAAUGCAGCGGCGUGAGAGCUACAAUGUGUUGGUGGACGAUGCGGAUGAAAACAGACGGGAGACGCUGUUUGCCGUCUACGAAGGACAGUACGCGCGUGUGCUACGUGAGACUGGAGAAGUGGAUCUGAACGUGGUGCUGGAUCGCUUUCAGUCGUACAGAGAGAGCACCGCUAGACUGCGCGAGAUUGAGGCGGAAUUACGGACUGAAAGCGCUCGGUUAGCGCGCGAGCAACAGGCGCAUAACGCGUUGGCAUCGCGUCUUCGAGUGUCGGGUCCUGGCGACAUUACAGAACGCCGUCAGCGACUACGAGAUCGCCUGGAAGGAGCUCUACACGCACAGCAACUAGACAAGAGUCAAGCUCGAGACCGUAUGAACACACAGCUGAAGGCGUUCGCCUUUGCCCAACAAGGAGUGCUGCACAUUGUGGAGCUGCUUCUUUGUCUUGACGAACGUCCCGGAGGGGUGAUACCAGGUCAAGUGGCGGCGAUAGCGCGUACAGUCAUGGGAGGGUCUCACCCAGCCGAAGCAGCUCUGAAAAGUGUAGUGCCAGCACUACAAACGUUGUUGCACGUUGCUCGAGAUGUAGGACGCCGUGGAUUGCAACGCGAGUGGCUGAAACUAGCAGCGAUCGACUACUCGGCGCCCCAAGUCGCUCGUCUGGAGCAGUUUGAGUUCGACUCGAAUCAAAAGUCUAAUAACGUUGGCAUGAAGGAGACCAGGUCGGAAUCUGACGAGGAAAUUGAAGAAGAAAUGCGAGACGCCGUCGUCAUGAGAAGAGCGAUUAAGAGACAGGAGAAGGAGACGCUGCGUCAAGCUGAGACGAUCCUGCGUCAGACGUACGACGCCAGGAAGUUGCUUCAAAUGCAGCAACUACAUCAGCAGAGAAAACUUCAGUCCUCGACGCUACUACAGGAGAGAUCGGACGUGGAGAUCGUAGCCGCACACUUCCGCGAGCAGCGACGUAUCGAGAAGCAAGAACAGCGUCUCACGACUGGAAUCGCGCCAUCUACUGGCCCGCUUCGCAACACAAUGACUCCGUACACUGCAAUCGCACCCGCAGCAACUCAAAGCCCAAGACGAAAACUGAACUGA